UAACUGAUGAGACAAACCACAAGGAAAAACUUCUGUAGCCCAUAUUUAUGGUAUUAAUGAAUAGUUAAAAAAAGAUUUACACUUCUUAUGAUCAAUAUUCUGAGUUAUUUCCCUCAAAGUAUAUAAUUACAGUGUCUUCAGAGUUUUCAUCAUUGUUUGAGGUGGCAAAACCAUUUGUAAUUUUCAUUAGCCAGUAAACAUGUAAUUAACAUUCAGCACUGUGUUUAACUUAAUUCCUGUUUAAGACAAGGACAAGAAGCAGCCGAAGAGCGUUAGUUCCAUUUGUCAAGUCUGACAUACAUCUUACCAUAACAGUUUCCUAAAAUAAAAGAUCCGUGUUUCCCCAUUAUUCUUCUCUUAAAACAAAACAAAACAAAAAAAUCCAUUAGUUAAAACUGUAUUAAACUGCAAGAGGCAGGAUAGUUUUUCCUCAAUUUUCUCUAGUUACUGUAUUCCUGCUUCCUUUUUCCAUUUGGGAGGGUGGGUGGAGGGAGGGGGUUAAUUAAGCAUUCAUUAUUUGAAGGCUUGAAAUUGGGAACCCCUCCCCCCCCAAAAGAAAUAGGUUUCCUCCUCAGGAAAGUUCUAGAAUGGGGACUGGAAAAGGGGGGCACGGCUCUGCAGGGGAGUGGGAAAAAUCACUUGGGGGGACAUGAGUUAAAAGUAGAAAAUGAGGAUUCCAACGGAUUCCUAGGAAAAAUGUUGCCCUCCUGCUUCAAGUUCUAUCUUUGAUCCAGGGUGAGGGGAGCCUGUCUGCCAGUCUGCUAGGAGGCUGCUUUUUCCCCCUCCUCUCCCACCUCUGUUUUUUUCCAACUUGCUUUAGGAUUAGCCUCCAUCCCUCUCGACCCCAAACAGUGGAAUUUGGCUGUGCCUCGGGUCGUCUUGCUUUGCAAUAUCGCCUAUAGUUGCUGGCGGUUUUCCGCCGAGGCUGAGCCGUUUGCUCCAGCCUCCGACUAAACUCAUUAAGUUGGGAGAUUUUUUUCAAUUGGACGGGUGUUUUUAAAGUCUCGUCUUUCCAGCCCCAAACAAGGUGUAACAACGCACUCUUCCUUCUAAGGAAUGAGAUGAGAGACAAGGAUCACUCCAGACAUCUCCUACCUACGGUUUGGGGUUUUUUUUCUUAAAGGCGAGGCUCGCAUUCCUCAGCAGCUAUGUACAAAGCUCCCUGAAACCUCGUCUCUCUAAAGUUAGUGUGCAGGGCUUUCCAAGGCUGAGAACGCCUAAUACAUGGGGAAGCACUUCCUUGAGGUGGAAGGUCUCUCCCUUCACCUUUCCUCUUUUUCCCUGCAGGCUAGUGCCUACUUUUUAUCAGUUUGCACAAUCGCUUAGAUAAACACCGAGGAGGAGAUUCUCUUUAAUUAUCAAAGACACAUCUUUUCAGGGGGCCAACAAAGCGUUUAUUUCACCCGCCAAACUAAAGGAGAGUUAUUCCAGUUUAGAAGGAAGAUGCAAGCGGUUUGGGACCUUGAACAAGGCAAAUAUGGUUUUGCGGUGCAGAGGGGCAGGAUGCCGCCCACCCAGCCAACCCACGGGCAGUUUGCGCUGACCAACGGGGACCCUCUCAACUGCCACUCGUACCUGUCCGGAUAUAUUUCUCUGCUGCUGCGCGCCGAGCCCUACCCCACGUCGCGCUUCGGCAGCCAGUGCAUGCAGCCCAACAACAUCAUGGGCAUCGAGAACAUUUGCGAACUGGCCGCGCGGAUGCUCUUCAGCGCCGUCGAGUGGGCCCGGAACAUCCCCUUCUUCCCUGACCUGCAGAUCACCGACCAGGUGGCCCUGCUUCGCCUCACCUGGAGCGAGCUGUUCGUGCUGAACGCGGCACAGUGCUCCAUGCCUCUCCACGUCGCCCCGCUCCUGGCCGCCGCUGGCCUACACGCCUCACCCAUGUCCGCCGACCGAGUGGUCGCCUUUAUGGACCACAUACGGAUCUUCCAAGAGCAAGUGGAGAAGCUCAAAGCGCUGCACGUCGACUCCGCCGAGUACAGCUGUCUCAAGGCCAUAGUCCUGUUCACCUCAGAUGCCUGUGGUCUCUCUGAUGUAGCCCAUGUGGAAAGCUUGCAGGAAAAGUCCCAGUGUGCUUUGGAAGAGUACGUUAGGAGCCAGUACCCCAACCAACCAACGCGAUUCGGAAAGCUUUUGCUUCGCCUCCCUUCCCUCCGCACGGUCUCCUCCUCAGUCAUAGAGCAAUUGUUUUUCGUCCGUUUGGUAGGUAAAACCCCCAUCGAAACCCUCAUCCGGGAUAUGUUACUGUCCGGCAGCAGUUUUAACUGGCCGUAUAUGGCAAUUCAAUAAAUAAGAAAUCAAAAUAAGAAGGGGGAGUGAAACAGAGAGAAAGAAAAGGCAAAAGACUGGUUUGUUUGCUUAAAUUCCUUCUGUUAAGAAAGGAUAUAAAAGGAUGUUACAAGUUUGCUAAAAGAAGAGAGGGGAAGAAUUUAAUGGACUGUGAAUUUCAAAAAAAAAAAAAAGACUGUCAAAUGAACUUUUACAGAAUGCAUUAAAAAAAAAAAACUCCUGUGUCGGUCAGAACAACUUGCUACUUAUCAUUUUUGUAUAAAAAGGAAAUUAGUCUUUUUCUUUUUUUGGUAAAUUUUUGAAAAAUAUUGCUAAAAGUGCAUUUAAGGAGAUUGGGAGAAAAUUAGCAGAAUGGAGAAAGUAAGUCUUUUUUUUUUUUUUUUAAAAAUUAUUAAUUGUCCUGUGUCUAUGUACCUCUAGCUGUUCUUUUUUGUACUUUUCUGGUUCCAAACCAGUUUAUUCUGUGGUUCUAUAAUAAGUUUUGAUAUAAUCUUGGCUUCUUAAAAACUGUGUAUCCUUAAACUAUAUGUUCUGCAAGAAUUAAAACUGAGUCCAUGAAAAUACCAUAGGAAGACAUAAAACUUUAAAAGGCAACUCAAAGGUGAUGGAAACGCACUUACAAGUGGUGACCAAAAAUUUUAGGUGAAGUUGAGCACUCUUUAAUUUGAGAACUGGAGGAACCACACACAACACUUAACUUCCCCUACCCUGCCCCCCCCCCAAAAAAAGACACCAUGACAAACCUAGCUUUUUAAAAAUAUUUUAAGAAAGAGAAUGAACUGUGGAAUUUAUUGGCAGCCAAGGAAUGUGUCCAAGACACGUGCUGAGGUUUUGAAUAAAAAGUGAACUUUUGUAAUUUGAA